UGCAGGGGUGGGACUUUCUUUCUGCAGUCGGUCGGUCGAGGGUUGAGCUGCGGCGCACACAGAAAUGCCUCUGGCAGCAGCUUCUCAGACUCCAGCGAGCAGCAGCACAAACACACGGACACCUCCGAGUGCAAGAUAAAUCCUCCUCCUCCUUCUCCUCCUCUUCAUCAUCAUCGUUCCGCUCAUCUUCCUCACACUCCUCCCCAUCUUCCGGGGGGAGUGUGUGUGAACGCCGUCUUCCCUCCCCUCCUCCACCCCCGGGAUACACAGACCGGACCGGCACCGGUGUCAUUGGAUGGAGAGAGGUGCCUGAAGAAGGGAGAGCGGUGGAGUUGGUCUACCCCCCUCCUCCUCCUCCUCCUCUUCCUCCUCCUUCCUCCCUACUGCACCAAAAGAAAACUCCGGGCUGGCUGCAGCACCAUGUCCUCCGCUCAAAGUGGGGAUAUAUCAGGCUACCAUCUGAGUGUGGUGCGUAACCCGCCCGGCUGGGAGGUGGGGAUCUACCUGGUGGGUUUCUUCGUGCUGCUGGGUGUGGCUGGGCUCAACAUCUGGAAGUUGUGGAAAUCUGGAACCUUCCCCGCGCCGUCCCCCUUCCCCAACUUUGACUAUCGAUAUCUGCAAGAAAAAUAUGGAACCUCCUUCUCAGAAGUCAGACAAAAGCGAGUGGCUGCCAACAACCACCGGCGGACCUCCACCACCUCCAGCCGCAAACCCAGCCUGGCCCUGGGCGACACCCCAGACGGUUUCAGGGACCUGGGCCACCUGGAGCUGAUGAGCAGGGAGCUGGACCCGACAGGCAUGGCCCAGCUAAACCGCUCCAUCUCCACCGACUCGCUCAGCUCCAUCUCCUCCAUCGCCAACAACUUCGGCCAUGACUUCACGGUCGGCCAGCUGGAGGUGACGCUCGAGUUUGAGCCGUCUAGGCAUCCGGGCCACGGGACGGGACUGCUCCACAUCACUCUGCACCAGGGCAAAGACCUGCUGGAAAAAGAGGAGGGAGACUUCCCAGGCUGCUUCAUCAGAGUGUCCCUGGGGCCGGAGGAGAUCAAUGUGGGAGUCACAAGGGUCCAGACGAAUGCAUUCACCGUGAUUUUCGAUGAACACUUCUCGAUCCCCAUGGACUCGUCCUUCCUGGAGGAGUACAGCCUGCGUUGUGCCGCUUUCGGUAUCGAUGCUGACGAGAGAAACAUCAGUGCGGGGAUAGCAGAUCUCAAGCUGUCGGACCUGGACCUGACCAUCAGACCGUUCAACGCCUGGCUCUACCUUCAAGAUGUCAAUAAGGCUGUGGAUGCAGUUGGGGAGAUCCUGUUGUCUCUCAGCUAUUUGCCGACAGCAGAGCGCCUCACAGUGGUUGUUGCCAAGUGCAAGAACCUGGUGUGGACCAACAGCAAGAACACAGCAGAUCCGUUUGUCAAAGUGUAUCUCCUGCAAGACGGCAGGAAGAUCAGCAAGAAGAAGACUUCCACCAAAAGGGACGACACAAACCCCAUCUUCAAUGAAGCCAUGAUCUUCUCUGUGCCGUCCAUCGUCCUGCAGGAACUCUCUCUGAGGGUGACAGUGGCAGAGGCCACAGACGACGGCCGGGGCGAGAACCUCGGCCAUGUGAUCAUCGGCCCUGAAGCCAGCGGGAUGGGGAUCACCCACUGGAACCAGAUGCUGGCCACUCUGAGGAAGCCCGUGUCCAUGUGGCACCCUCUGCGCAGGAUCUAGCUCUCUUUGCCCUCGUGCAAACCCAACCUGUUUCAAGUAAAACACUCGCUUCUUCACCUUCCUUUCACCUCUCCCCUUAUUUGGUGCCAUGCUCAGAUCUGUUUUAAGUAAGAUAAGAGUUUUUGGCACACAGGAGGAUUCUGUGUGGAGUAUGUGUCGCUCUGCUGGUGUGUAAGCAAUUGGAGUAAACAACACCUUCUCUUCAUGUAAGGGGGAGGAAUCUGAAAAGCCAGUGUUUGACUCUGAACAGGGUGUUUUUAUUGAUCCAUGGAUCGAUUAUACGCUUAAAUCCUGUCCUUAGUAUUUGGCUUCAUUCUGGCUUGGUUGCAUUGUGUGUGUGAGGGUGGAAGGAGCAGUGCAUUUCCAAAAUUACCCAAAUUACACACUGAAAGUAAUGAUGAGUUUUCGAAUGGCUCACCUUCUACGUCCUUACCUUGUCCCCUUGGCUUGAGAAUUGUGCUAAAUCCCGAUUCUCCACAGGAGAAGACAUGGAUAUGUGGAUACCCUUUCCUGUCUCAAAAGUCUCUGGUGCAUUGUAUGAGGGUGGAAGGGGCAACACAUAUCCCAAAUAACCCAAAUUACACACUGAAAGUUACUGAUGAGUUUUCAAUUGGUGUCCAUCCUGCGUUCUUACCUUGUCCCCUUGGACAUGAAUAUGUGGAUAGUUUUCCCCUGACAGCAGAGGGGAUAUGGAUUUGUGGAUGGUUUUCCCUUCUAAGUAGUCUCGGGUACAUUAUGCAUGAGGGUGGAAGGAUAUAUCCCAAAUUACCCAAAUUAUACACUAAAAGUAAUGAGUUUUUAAAAUGGUUUACUUCCUACAUCCUUACGUUGUCCCCUUUGCUUGAGAACUGGCCAGAACCCAGAGUCUCCAUGACAGCAAAGGAGACGUGAAUAGUUUUUCCCUUCUCAAAAGUCACGGAUGUAUUGUGUAUGAGGAUGGAGCACGACAUAUCCCAAAUUACCCAAAUUAUACACUGAAAGUAACAGUGAAUUCUCAAUUGGGGUCCACUCUGCGUCCUUUUUUUUUUUUUUUUUUCUCUCACUGAAAUCAACUGAUAAGUUUUAAAAUGGUGUCCGUCCCAUGUUCUCACCUUGUCCCCUUGGAUUCAGAAUUGUGCUGAGUCCCAGUUCUCAAUAACAGCAGAGGGGAGAUGAGUAUGUGGAUAGUUUUUCCCUUAUUUCUCAGAUGCAUACUUCGUGUGGGUGGAAGGAGCAGUGCAUAUCCCAAAUUACCCAAAUUACACACUGGAAGUAAUGAGUUUUCAAACAGUGUGCAUCCUACGUCCUUACCUUGUCCCCUUGGCUUGAGAAUUCUCCUGAAUGCCGAUUCCCAACAAGAGGACACGUGAAUACUUUUUCACUGUCUCAAAAGUCUUGAACAGAAAAUUCAAUUGGGCUUCUAUGUGAAUUUUAAUUAACGAAAGGAGCCCAGCCUCAGCAGGCGUAACCCCCCCCUCUCUGCAUGGUGCCUACUCUGGUUGUAGCCUGUUCUAGCUGUCUAGAGAAUGACCGACUGGACGGAGGGGUGAUAUCGCCUCUCUUUCAGGAAAACACUCAUUUGUCUUUUCAAACCAGUCAUCGAUUGCACCUACUUGAUUGAUUUCGUAGCGGUUUUAGAGCAGAGUUGAGUUAGCUCUAUUGGAUUUGCUUGUGUAAUUUGUUAACAGUGAGAGUGACAAAUAAUAGAGGUUUUCAGUAUUUAUUGUGCUUUUGAAAAGAAAAAAAUCCAGGGACUCUUAUCCAGGUGAAAUAAUUGUAAUUUGUAGCAGUUGUUACAGGGUGGCCAAAUCAGAUGUAAUCAGCAUAUAAAUACCACAUUACAUUGUUCUAUUUUUACCAUGAUUAAUGCAAUACAAGUUGCAUAGGCAUAUUUAACAGUGUAAAUAGUGUACUACAACAUUCUGGUCAUUGUCAUUUUUUUCCUCCAAAUUUUGGGUGCAAAUCAUGUUUUUCAUAGUAUUACACUUUAAUAAACAUCAGACUCCAACCUCACUUACAGAACACUAUAUUUAACACAAAUGUCAUUGCUGAUCAGUGAAUUAUUAUCAAAACACCUCUGGGAAUUUAACUUGUGAUGUAAAGUAUACUAACCCCUUUAAAUGGGUUUACAGUUCUUUUUGUCUUAGAGGAAACACCUUGAUAUUCUGAAUUAAUCCGUAGUUGUUUUUCACCAGGCACUUGUCACACUCAUUUUAGCAUUUGUCAUCAAUUAAGAUACCUGCAAACUUUGUGUUAGCACUGAGGGCGUUCCUGGUGAAAGUACGUGGAGCUACUCUGCAGCUUGACACCUGAAUAUUGCUUCAUGGGUAAAAUGAAGAUGUGACAGGGGUCUCGUAACCGUCAGAAUGUCAAGGUGGCUUUUUAUCUGUCUGAGAUAUUCUCUACAACAUUGUGCAAUAGUGCUGUUUUGUUGUAACUUUUGAAUGUGAAUUAUCAUGUGAAAUAUCUGCUAACUCAAGUAUCAUCAGCCUUACGCACUGUUGUGAUUUUCCUUUCGAUCAAGCGGGACCUAGUCUGUGUUUUCGGUCGAGUUCUGAUCGCAUUCCUCACCUCACUUUGAAAAUCAAUCCAAAAAUAACACACCCGUGGUCAUAUAAUAGACAAUAUUUCCUACUGUGCCAAAUAAUGAAGCAAUAUUUUCAUUUACAAUCAGCAUUUGCAUUUGAUUCAACAAAGCUGUAGCCUACAUUCGACCAUGCAUGAAGUUAUUUAGCACUUGAUGUGAAUGUGCCUCAAGAAUACAGUGUAUUGUGUGAAUGCUGUUUGAAAUAAAAGCAAUUCAACAGUAAUGG